AUGAGGCUCCGUAAUAAACCAGAAGCACCACGUAUUGACUUCAGCGUGUUCACACAAGACGAUGGAACAGUAGUUAGUACAAAAGAUCGCGUUAUCAAAGAUGUCCCAGCACCUGCUGUUAGUUUGCCUACAGACGAAGAGUUUUGGAGCAAAGACAGACCUGGAUUACCUGACAUCAAAUUCUUAAAAGAUCAUUUUUACAGAGAAGGAAGGCUGACCGAAGAACAAGCAUUAUUUAUUCUGGAGAAGGGAACAGAGUUAUUGAGAAACGAACCGAAUUUACUAGAGGUUAUAGCGCCUAUUACAGUCAGUGGAGAUAUACAUGGUCAAUACUAUGAUUUGAUGAAAUUAUUUGAAGUGGGUGGCGACCCAGCAAAUACAACUUAUCUAUUUCUAGGUGAUUACGUCGACAGAGGGUAUUUCUCAAUCGAAUGCGUGCUAUAUUUAUGGUCCUUAAAGAUGUGGUAUCCGAAUACUUUCUUUUUACUACGCGGUAAUCAUGAGUGCAGGCACUUGACAGAUUAUUUCACGUUCAAAAUUGAAUGUCGACAUAAGUAUACAGAAGAGGUAUAUGAAGCAUGCAUGAAUUCCUUUUGUGCGUUGCCUUUAGCUGCCAUUAUGAAUAGACAAUUCUUAUGUAUUCACGGUGGACUUUCACCCGAAUUACAGACAUUGGAAGAUUUGAAGAGGAUUGAUCGUUUCAGAGAACCACCCACCCAUGGAUUAAUGUGCGACCUACUAUGGGCAGAUCCUUUGGAAGAAUUUGGACAGGAAAAGACGAAUGAAACAUUUGUACAUAAUCAUGUGAGAGGAUGCUCUUAUUUCUUCAGCUACCACGCAGCAUGUCAAUUUUUGGAACGUAAUAAUUUACUAUCUAUUAUUCGAGCACAUGAAGCACAAGAUGCUGGAUAUAGAAUGUAUCGCAAAAGUAAGACAACGUCGUUCCCUUCUGUUAUGACUAUCUUCUCAGCACCCAAUUAUUUGGAUGUAUACAACAACAAAGCUGCUGUAUUGAAGUACGAAAAUAACGUCAUGAACAUUCGACAGUUCAAUUGCUCACCCCAUCCUUAUUGGCUUCCUAAUUUUAUGGAUGUCUUCUCUUGGAGUUUACCGUUUGUUGGAGAGAAGAUCACAGACAUGUUGAUUGCAGUGUUGAAUGUUUGUAGCAAGGAAGAAUUGCAAGACGAGGAUAUGUUAUUAGAAUCAGGCAGCGGCAUGUCAAGUAAUAUAAUGGAUGAUGCAGAGCAGCGUAGAACAGUGAUCCGAAAUAAAAUUAUGGCAGUCGGCAAGAUAUCGCGUGUCUUCUCUGUCUUACGUGAAAAUUCAGAGCGUGUGAUGGAGCUAAAAUCGCUAUCCCCUACUGGUAAAUUACCGCUAGGCACAUUAGCAUUAGGUGUAGAAGGAUUGAAGUCAGCAAUUACAACAUUCGAAGAAGCUAAACGCUCUGAUUUGGAAAACGAACGUCUGCCACCUACGCGUGAAGCAAAGGAUCAAUUGCUAAAAGAGGAGAUAGAUAGUAGAAUACGAACGGCUGUGAAUGGAGAGGAUGAAGCAAUGGAAGAUGCCGUUCAUGCAUUUGAAUAA